AUACUUCCCAUACCUAUAAACGACCCUUGAGAUAAAAAUAAGUUCUUUCAGGAAACAGAGUGGAAUCGUACAAAUCAGGACGCAAGAAUCCUAGUUGGCCAUGUGGUUUAGGACUUUUCUCCCCAUUCUGUUCAUUUGUGAAACAGUGUAUGGAGACUACAGAGAUCCCCACUGCAAAAACAAACAGGUAAUUGUCCACCUGUUCGAGUGGAAAUGGUCGGACGUUGCAGAUGAAUGCGAGAGGUUCCUCGGCAAAAAACAGUUCUGUGGAGUCCAGGUCUCGCCUCCCAAUGAGCACGUGGUGGUCACUCAACCCAUGCGUCCGUGGUGGGAGAGGUAUCAACCGGUCAGCUACAAACUCCACAGCAGGGGAGGGACGGAGGCAGAGUUUAAGGACAUGGUCACCAGGUGUAAAAACGUCGGGGUCAGAGUGUACGUGGACUCUGUUGUCAAUCACAUGGCUGGACUCGGGCGGAUUGGCACAGGAACGGCUGGAAGUCACUUCAAUUCCAGCAACUAUGAUUUUCCUGGAGUUCCCUACACCCGUCCAAACUUCAACACCCGUGAUAAAUGUCCAUCUGGAGGAGGCGGAGUUGACAAUUACAGUGACCCAAAGAACGUCAGGAACUGCUUCCUCGUAGGAUUGACAGAUCUAGACCAGAGUAAGGAGUAUGUCAGAGACAAAAUAGCCGAGUUCUUCGACCACUGCAUCGAUCUCGGGGUGGCAGGAUUUAGAAUUGACGCCUCCAAGCAUAUGUGGCCGGACGAUGUCAAGGCAAUCCAGGAUAGGGUCAAGGACUUACCUGAGGGAGGGAGACCGUUCUUUUAUCACGAGGUCAUCGACCAGAAUGACGGGGCCGUCCGUGUCAAUGAGUACUACGAGUUGGGAUACGUUACCGAGUUCCGCUAUUGUCAGAAAAUAGCGUAUGGAGUUCACAACUUUGGGGAAUUCAACAACAUGUAUGUUCCUUCCUGGGGAAUGGCCGACCCAAGCCAUGCUUUUGUAUUUGUUGAUAACCAUGACAACCAGAGAGGUCACGGCGGAGGUGGAAAUCUUAUCACUCAUAAAACACCACGUGACUACAAAAUGGCGGUCGCAUUCACACUAGCAUACAACUAUGGUUUUACGCGAGUCAUGAGCAGUUAUUAUUUUGAAAACACUGACGCAGGUCCCCCACAUAAUGCCGAUUACUCUGCUAAAGACGUAACAAUCAAUGCUGAUGGGUCUUGUGGUAACGGAUGGGUAUGUGAACAUCGAUGGAAUCCCAUAGCAAACAUGGUUGUCUUCAGAAAUGCUGUUGCUGGCACAGAUAUUAAGCACUGGAGAAAUGAAAAUGACGAAAUCUCCUUCGCACGUGGACAGAUAGGAUUCUUUGCAAUGGCAAAACAAGGUCAUAUGGACCGAACCCUUCAAACUGGCUUACCUGCCGGGGAAUAUUGUGACCUAGUUUCGGAUUGUAUGAAAAAGAUCACAGUGGACGGCAGUGGAAAUGCGUACAUCGUAAUUGACAAUAGUGCAGAACCGAUGUUGGCAUUUAUAGUCGAUGGACCAACAGGGCCUGGAGAUCAUUUCUUUUUCCAGAAGCCGUCGAUCACGUCCUCACCUCCCGAGGAAACCACUAGCCAGGCCCCACCAACCGCAGUGGUGUCUACAAGUUAUACCAGCACCACCUUCAAUACUGGGACCACCGAAACCACUGGGAACAGUACCUGGGCGAGAACUGUCAUACUGAUCGAAAGAAACACGAAAAACGGAGAGAAUGUAUUCAUAGACGGAGGAAUUGACCAUGAUCAUAGACAAGGAUGUACUGAUAACCCCGUGACCAGCCCAUGUUCCAUCCCAAUCAGACACAGCCCGGAACCAACGUACUCCCCAGCGGUUAAUGCAUGGAAGGUGGGGGACAAUUACUUGGACUGGUACGGUGCUGAGCCAGGGCAGGGUUCCUACGGAGGGUCCCAGGCCACGGGUUCCCCAGCCCUGUGGACGACAAACCAGAAAGGCGUGGCCGAGUAUAGCCCACUGAACACAUAUGGAGCCCAUUUCUGGCUUCUGGAUAUUACGAUGGAUUGUUCCAAGACAGAAAGUGGCUGGUUUGAGUUCAAGUACCGAAUAAACGGGAACUGGGAGGGACAGAUCCACGAUAGGACCUGCGGAACUCCUCCAUACACAACCGUCAACCACAUGGCCAAAUGUGGCGCCAAAAACGUCUUCCACAACAAUGGCCAGUGCGAGAUCACAGCGCUAUAACACCCAUCAUGCAUAGAAUAUUUCUGAGAUGAUUGUCGCUGUUUAUAUUGUAAUAAUAAAUAUACGACUAUGCCUCCUAA